CCCUCACCUACAGAGAGGCUUUCACGUACCGGUAAAAGCAGAAGUCGCUCCGUCCUAAUUCUUCGGUUUUUUUACGCUUCUUGUAUUGUGAGUAGAACCGUGUAGAAAGGCGAGUGACGGCUAUUGCGCAAAGUUAUUUUGCGGAUUCGAUUAACCCGGACAGUUCAGACUUCUUCGGUGGCUUUUUUUCGCUCAUAAAAUGAGCGGAUCCCCCGUUCGCGUGCGGCUGCUGGCGACUUUGACCGCUGUUUCCGCGUUAAGCUUGGCCACCGGACACUGGGUCGUUGUGGGGUUCGCUGGUGUCUCCUUAGUAUUUGGUGCCGGUAUGACGGGCGCGUGGAAACGCUUCGUGUCUUUGCUUGGCACCAGACGCUAGUUUCGGUCUCCAUGUGACAUUUGGCUAUGAAACCGGCGUCGCUUUUUGUCACGUUUGUCUGUCUUUUUACCGAGUGGAACCGGUGGUGAGCCUGGACAGUUCAUUUUAUAUUAGGGACUGAUUUGGAUCUCCGCAUUACAUUAGUAUUGUGGUUGGAUUAACAAGAGGUGGCUUUUGAUUAAGAAAAUCUCCAAUGUUACAUUUUAGGAAUAUUUUCAUUUCGAAAUGCUUUUUGUAUUUAUUGUGAUUUAAUCUUUAAGCUUAAUAAAACUUAAAAAAAACAUUGGAUACCUCAUCGGGUUUAAGGGAGUAAGCGCCUAAAUAGUGUUAUUUAUUGGUUUUCGCAAACGAUUAUAAUUGUGCAUUUAUUCAUCUCUCUGAGUAGCAUUAUCUUUAUCUCUCACACUGUUCAAGUAGACUUAGAUGUACUUUCCUUCGACUGGCUAGCAUUGAGAGCACCACCCUUUAUUCUUUGUUACGUGUAUUAAAUUCUGUGUUGCAGUAAUCACGAGUUUUUAGUGUAGAUAACACUAAACAUGUCCUUGUAUUUGGUUCACAGAUGAUUUUAUACUAAGCAACUUACAAAUCAGGUCAGCAUAAUCGAGUAAACAUUAGUCUGAGAGCUCUGACAUUUUUAGAUAAUUAAGGGAACAUUAAUUUAGGAUGGAAGCCAGGAAGCUGUUCUUUAUGCAAAUAAUUGUGAGAACCUGGACUAGCAAGUCAUGGAGUUGAAAUCUUGAUAACAUUUAAGAAGGAAUAAGAUGAGCCAUGGGAACAUCUUAGCUAUUAGCCAAACAAACGAGCGACAAUUGCAUUGUAUGGUCUCCCCUCGUUUGUCAAAUUUCUUACAUUUUAUAAUUGUGAAAAGAGGAGUGACAUGUGCCCGCCUUACACUUGUUCUUCUACUUAUUAGACUUAGUUAUUCAUUACUGCCUUUAAUUAACAAAAAGUGCACAUUCUUGUGGUGUUACAUGGUGAUCUGGGUGUCUGGCUCCUUUCUGCUAAAUACAAAAGCUUAUCUUCGUCCCACCAUGGAGGUAGCCGUCCUCACCACGCAUCAAGAAGUGCACAAAAAAGUAAAGCCCCUCCAGCUGAGGAGCAAAGCGGCCAAGGAGUCUUUUAAGAUCUUGGACCCCAGCAGCAAAAAGCUAAGCUCUCUGGAGGCCCAGCGCAUCAUCUCAGUCAUGGAAGAGUGCAUCAAGAAGACAGAGCUGGUCACGCUGCUGCCUUACUGCUUAGAGAACUUGGAACGCUUCAGAGUCAUGCUGGGCACUGACCUAAUAAGUGCCCUGCAGGAACACAAACGUCUUGGGAACAACCUGGUGAUGCUCCUCGGAAAGCAACACGAGGUCCAAGUCCCAGACCCUCACGUAGCAAUGCUGCAGCAGGCAGUAAGAAGCUCACUGAAGAACGUCCUGAGGCUCUUCCGCUGCAAUCCUGUAGCCUACCAGACAUUGAGAGCUGAAGCAGUCACCAGGGGCAAGGCUUCCCAGGAUCUGGUGCGCCAUCUCUCUGCACUUCGGGGCUUUCUGCUUGAGAAGCUGCUUACGGGACCUGCUGAGGAAAAGACAAAAAAUGUGUAUCUUAAAGAAAUUUCGCUCAGACAUGAAAAGAACACGAUGACUGUCACUGGUAUGGAAGAUGAAUUGGCCCUCGCCAUUAAAGAGAGAGACGCUGAGGUCUCCAAAAGGAAUGAGGUCAUCCGGCAGUUGAAGACCUCUUUAUACCAAAUGGAGAAGGUCUCUGAGGACUUCCAGAGAAGGACACGGCAGGACACCGACAAUCAAGUGCAGUCGGACCUCAAGGCCUCGGAGAGCCGGUGCAUGAAGUUCCAGCAGGAGGUUAACCAACUGAGGAACCAGCUCAGCCAGCUCAUCGGUGAAAAUCAGGAGGUCGAGAUGGUACUCAGGAAGAAGAAGUAUAAGGUGGAAACAGAAGUUGAAAACUGGAUACAAAAAUAUGAUGGUGAAAUUGGAGAGAAGCAGAUGGAGUACGAGGAGCUCAACAAGCAGUACCAGGAGGAGAAGGCAGAGCUAGAGGAGCUCGAGAAGCAGUUUGCCGUGCUGGAGGAGGAAUACAGCCAGAUCACGGAGCGGCAGCGUCUUGCCAAGGAAAAGAGAGAGGCUCAGGAGCGGGAGCUGGCCAUCAUGACCCGCGCUGCAAUCCUGAUCCAGGCCUUCUGGAAAGGUUACAAAGUGCGCAAGCUGAUGAAAGGCAAAAAGGGCAAAAAAGGGAAAAAAGGCAAAAAGGGCAAGAAGUAACUUAAGUGGGUUCUGAAAGCUGAAAUGGAUGCAGCAUCUGAACUGUGUGUACCCCAGGUGAGAUAAACCAGAGUUAUCUAGAAGACAUGGUGGCCAGGCUGGAAACCAGAAAGACCUUCAAUAUAUUAAAGGAGUUAAGCA